AUGCAUCUGAAGACUAAGAUCCCCAACUUCCUAACCCCCGAUCCAGACAGGAAGACCCAAAAUUGUAUAAACAUCAAAAACGAGCUGAUACAAAACAUGCACAAGAUUUACCAGCAGCAGGGGGAAGAAGCCAGCAGCAGGAAGGGGGCCAUCCAGCCAUAUCACCUGUUCGACCCCGGGGAUUAUGUGGACUUCCCCCCUUUUAACAGAACCCCAGAUGUACAGAACAUCUGCGUUGAGUUGAAGCUAAAGUUGGACGUUAGACACGCAGAUGGGGAGAGCGACCCCGAUUCGUCUAUUUUUCUGGACAUCAAUCCGGGGGGUGUCAUGUCCAGAAACCAGCGAACCUUCGUCUACCAGUAUAGAAGCACCCAUCCGGUGCUCGACAAGGGCCUGGACCAGCUCACCAGAGAGCAGCGGAUGAAAUACUUCACGGCCCUGUCGCACCAACUCGCCGGAAGAUCAAUCACCUUCCAAGGAACGACGUACAAGCUACUGAACGUGCUACAGACAGCCAUCUACGGAGGGGUGUACCUCGCACAGGUGGUCGAUUCAACUGAUGAAAGUUCAGUGAACAAGAAGAAGGCCAUAAAAAUAUUGUCCAAGCAUCUAAUCGAAUUAGCAAAGGAUAAGGUUCAGGAAGAUCCCCUCUCAGAGUAUCACUACCGGAAGUGUAUGAGUGGACACAGUAACAUCCUCAGCUGCGACAUCAUUUUCGACGACGACUAUUAUGUCUACAUGAUCAUGCCCUUUGCAGUCCAUGGAGACCUCUUCGAAGUGAUGAAGACUAGAAGUAAGCCAUUCACCGAACAAGAAGCCAAAUAUCUGUUUUACCAAAUCCUAUUAUCCAUUAAGUUCCUACAUUGUAGAAAAUUAGCCCUCAGAGACAUUUCCCUAGAGAAUAUACUUUUGUUUGAAAAUGAACAAAACGGAUUGAUCUACCCUGUUCUGAAUGACCCUGGACAGGCAACCCACUUCCGUGUGAAUAAGAAAAAUGAAGUUACCUUGUUAGAGUACACAAAAAUAUUCGGCAAAAUUUUCCGGCCCCCAGAGGUAUAUGAAAAAUGUAAGUAUGACCCUACAAGGGUGGACAUGUUCUGUGUUGGCUACAUCUUAUACUUUUGCUUAACCAAGCACGAGCUGUUCAGAUGUACCUUAGAGAAGGACAUGCACUGGAAUAUGCUCAAAAGUAGACACUAUCAUGAGCUCCUGCGGGAGAAGAAAGGACUCCAUUUGUCAGAACCCGCUUUAGACUUGAUAUUUCGCUGCUUAGAACCCAAUUUUAAAAUGAGACUUGAAAUUGGUGAGGCGUUGAGGCACCCCUGGUUCAAGGGAAACUUCUUUCCUGUUCACAGACAGAGUUUGUUCCUCCCUCAGGGGGACGACACCAUGGAUGAGGGAAGUGCCCCCUCGGGAGGACCACCCUCCCCCAUGUACAAACUUUCCAAGGAAAUAGAACUAUGCGCAAAAAGGAAGAAUGUAGCUAUAGAUCAUAACACCUCCAUAAGAUUCAGCAUCUACGAGCAUGUGAUCGCUCCUCCCCAGGGGUACUUCAGCGGGGGUAACAACCCCUCCACUUGUUUGAACAGUACACACAGGAGGGAGUACCCCCCAGAGUGUGAACCCAAUGCGGAGGAUGACCACAUCAGGGGCAAGCGCGCUGAAGACACGCCAAGAUGGCCCCCCCCCAGUAUGGCUACUCCCACAAGGACAGACCUUAACAGCAUCUUCAAAGGGAUCCCCCACUACGUAGGCAGUCACCCGUACGGAAGUGGUUACCAUAAGGGGACUUUCCCCACCAGCCCCACAGAUUAUCUGCGCCACAAUAUGGCCAGGGGUGCUCACUUCCCUUCGGUCCAGGGCAUUUAUGCAAAGCAGUCUGCCCCUGUGAGGAAAUCACCCCCUCUGGUAGAGAAAGCAGGAUGGAUCAAGAAGUAUGAGGACUCCGUCUCUACCCACACGUGUCACACAAACUGGACAGAAGAAGACAAGCAAAGCAGUUUUCACAACUCACCACAAAAUUGCAGUCAAAUUAGGGAAAAAUCCAAAUCUAACUUUCUAAUGAGGCAUAAAAAAGGUGCAUACAGAAUGAUCGGAAUGAAAAGGAAGAAGCAGAAACUCAGUUCCGACGCAACAGCAGAAGAAGUAGAUAGGGGUGAUAAUCUAUUCGUUGAAAGCUCAAUUAGUAGCCUUCACGUGAUGGUUAGGCAGUCGUUACAAACGGGGGCACAAGAUGAUACACUUAAGACGGUGCAGAAAAGUCCUCACAUCUUAACAACUGCAGAGGCCACCAAGGGACGUGGACUCCUGAGCAUCUUCUCGGAGAGGCAGUUACCCAAUGGGGGAGAACUACCAAAGAAUGGAACAUUUACCAAGAAGAUUGAUUAUCCCAUUGGACCUUUCGAGGGAAGGUCCUUCAUCCAUGUGGAGGAGGGACACAGUGGUUGGGGAAUUAUGUCGAGAAAAAAACACCCCUCUAGAGUGGAACAAAAAUAUAAAUGGCAAAGGAAUGAACAAAUUGGAGAGAGUGAAAGACGAAAUGAUUAUUCAACAGAGGGACACUAA